AUUAUGCUCCUAAAUAUGCUGUAGGUAAGAGAUUAAAACUGAAACACAGUUUUAUUAUAUUCUUGUUCAAGUUGAACAAGUCUCAAUACUAGUUCACAAACAAAAAGCACAAAAUUUGAGCCCCACUAAGAAUCCCUAGGACUACAGUAUCCACAAGAUCAUAAACCAAUCUUUUACUGCAAUUUCAUCCAACUACAGCACUUUUCUUGAUUCUCUCCCUCUCUGCUUCUUGCUUUACUUCAGUAACCAUUCCAUACCCUCUACUACUUCACUCCCAACCAAUGAUAAGAUACUCGUACAGCACUGUUCAAACUUCAAAUUUUGACGGUAUCUUGUAACACAAGUAUGUGGGAGGUCAGUUCUGAUAGAGAAGGCUAUCCUAGCAACUGGUCUCGCAGUUGCGACUUGUGUCGUGCAGCACCCUGCACACUCUAUUGCUACACUGACUCAACAUACCUCUGCGAGAAUUGCGAUGAAUGUAUUCAUGGAAGAAAUCCCUUGGCUUUGCAGCAUGAGCGUGUCUGCGUGCCCACAGCAUGUCAAAAUGCUCCACCAACUCUUACUUGUCAGGCUGAUGCAGCAAACCAAGGCAUCGGUUUUGAUACUGAAUUUCACCUGUCCAAUCCAUUAAUCCACUGCCAUAACAAGAUCCAAGCAUCUCCUCUCCCUGGUGUAGUUCCCUCAGCUUCAACUAGUGGCCCACCGCGAGUCUCAGAUAUUGAAUUUAUGGGCAACAAGAGUAUAGAAGAGGAAGCUGAUUCUUGGUUACUGCUUGAUAUUGAUAAUGAUGGUAACCUGAUUGAUAGUGGAUUUGAUUAUCAGUGCCAAGGUCAGAAUGAUCAGCAACAAUUUUCCAGUGUCCAUCAGGAAGGUACUGGCAGUGAUGGUGUUAUUCCAGUUCAAUUCUCCGAAUUAAAGGAUCAACAAAACCAGCAGCAGCAGAAUAUUUAUGCUGACAGUUGGUAUGAAGCCUCUAAAGCUGCUUUCACCAAUAGUGCUUCAAGUAGUCAGCCAAACCCUAUUGGCUAUCAUCUGACACCAAGCAAUGUUCCGAAUUCAUAUUCAAGAUUUCUAAACGGGACAACUGGCCUACUUCCAAGUUGUUCAUUAUUCAUGCCACAAAGCAGAGAAGAAAGGGUCCUAAGAUACAGAGAGAAGAGAAAAUCAAGAAAAUAUGAGAAGAAAAUACGGUAUGCCGCUAGGAAGGCCAAUGCAGAGAGUAGACACCGAGUCAAAGGCCGAUUUGCAAAGAAAACAGACAUGGAUUUUGAAGUAGAUCAUAUGUUUCCUACAGAAGAUUAUGACUAUGGAGUGGUUCCUUCAUUUAGAGUAAACUAAGACAAGAAUUUGACUUAUAUGAUUUUAUUGCUGCUCUAACUAAUGUAUGUACUUUUCUCAAGUUGGGAAGGUAAAUAUAAAAUAAAUCUUCUCUAUGCAUUAAAAAAAUGAAAAUAAAACUAAGUCCUCUGUAUACUGUCCUGUCCUAAAUAAAUCUAAACUUGCAUUUCU